CUUAAAAAAUCUUAAACUUAAAUUUUAUUUUCAAAUUUUUUCAUGAAUGGCUUCAUCUUUUGUUCCUUAUAUUCAUCAGACGGCAGGUCAUGAUGGAGUUUUGUCAGAUAAAUCAGGAAUAAUUAUAUGUAAACCAUGUAUACCGGCAGAAGUUACGUUUUAUAGUAUGGCACAGGCAUUUCCAGCGUUUCAGCGCUGGAUGCCUACAUAUAUGGGAAAUUUAAGUCUUGAAUCAUCAUCGGUAGAAGUAGAAAAUAGAUCAUCAGGAAGAUCAGAUGCAAUUGUGCUUGAAAAUCUAUGUUAUCCGUUUGUUCAUCCAUGUACAAUUGAUGUAAAACUUGGUUCGAGGCUUUGGGAUGAUGAUGCAUCAGCAGAAAAGCGAAAACGGCUUGAAGAGGUGUCUAAACAUACAACAAGUGGUUGUCUUGGAUUUCGAGUGUCAGCAAUGAGGAUAUGGAAUGUAAAACAAGGAGUAUAUCAGUCAUAUUCAAAGGAAUGGGGUAAAUCAUUGACAGAAUCGACGAUAUCAGAAGGGUUAAAUGAAUUUUUAUCAGUUGUAGAAGCAAAAGAGCAACGAUUAAGAGUAAUUUCUGAAUGGAUUAACAAUUUGAGCCAAAUUGAAGAAGUUUUGAAUAAAGCGGAGGUUCGAAUGUAUUCAUCGAGUUUAUUGUUUAUAUAUGAAGGGGACCCGGAUGCGUUAAUGCAAAGAAUUAAGCAAUUGGACGCAGCAAAACAAAAUAAUGAAGAACUAGAUACUGAAAGUGAAUCUAGUAAUAGUGGUACUGAUAGUAUGGAUAGUGAAAAAAAUUGCAAUGUAUCUCAUAUUUCGGUUUGUCGAUUAAUUGAUUUUGCACAUGCACAUUGGGUUGCUGGUCAAGGGCCGGAUGAAAAUGUUUUACAUGGUAUUGCCUCUCUUAAAGCAAUUUUAAUGAAGAUCUCAAGCGAAUAUUCAUAACAAUGGCUCAUGGUAUUGAUUUUCUUAGUUCUUUUACUUGUUUUU